CUCGUCGUGGGACAAUCCUCGCUCAUUUGCCGACCGUUCUCAAACGUGGUCCGCAUCUACCUACUCUGUUUCGCAAUGAGUCUUACAUGUUCCCGUUCCAACUGCAUACCACAGUACAAUGUCAGGAAUCAGACUGAUAAGCGAGUCCACCUAUGUCUUCCUCAACCUCACGGACAACACACUGGAUGAUGUUGACGAAUCCCUGCGGCUGGACAAACAAUUGAAGCUCGAUCCUCAUUCUGCGCGCUACGGGCUUGGUUCUCUUGAGAAGCUCCCACUCGGGAUUCUCCACCUCACCCUCCUUGCGCUGGACAUACGGUCCAUGACGGAAUUUCGUCGCGUCAACAAAAGAGCCAGGCUCGUCACGGGCUCGAUUCCGCAAUAUCGCCAGAUCCUCGCGCACACGCCCGCCGCCCUUCGCGGCAGCCUCAACCUCGAAACCGCGCGGAAUUUCUCCUGCCAGGCGCUGUACGAGACACUCUCCACCGCCGAGUGUGACGGGUGCGGCGAUUUCGGCGGCUACCUCUACUUGCUCACCUGUCGCCGCGUGUGUUUCCUGUGCCUCACCGAGAAGACCGACUACCUACCCCUUGUCCCGGAAGGAUGUGAUUCGCAAAUUCGGGCUGCUGGGCCCGACUCAUCUAGCGCGUCUGCCUCACAUGAAGAGCUUCCCGGGCCAAUACUCGCCUCGAGGGAUCAAAUGUCGACGCCGUGAGACCUUGUUCGAUCAUGGCUCCGCACGAGAAGCGGGAUUCGCUGUCCAUGGGACAGCCGAGGCGAUGGAAAGGUACGCGUCGGAGAUGAUCUCCAAGCAACUCGAGGCUUACAAUUCGCGACUAUCUGUGCGCCAACCGAGUCAGAGGCCCGGGCGGCCCCCCAGAUCUGCAGACGUUUUCGAUGGGCAUUGUUCGAAUCCCAAGCGUUUCGUGGAGAUUAUACGGGCGCCAUUCUUCAGCCGCAAUACGCUAUCCCCCGAAUGGGGGUUUCACUGCUUGGCUUGCAAAGCCCAUCAUUAUCGUCGGCCGCUUCACUGGCGUCGGAAAGUAUACUAUCGAGAGUUACCGAGACCAUACCAGAGAAUGUGGGAAAGUGGUAGGGGGGAAGCACGUGCGGUGAAUCAGCCAGGAGUAA